GGAAACACCGGUGAUGAGAUACCUAUGCCUACUUAUUUUCGUUUCCUUCCCUUGCUUGCCUUCAAAAUAUUUGCUGCAGAGCAGGUGGAUGUUGCUAUCAUGGAGGUUGGGUUAAGUGGAAAAUUUGAUGCAACGAAUGUGGUUCAGACACCGACUGUGUGUGGUAUAUCUUCCCUUGGAUAUGACCACAUGGAAAUUCUUGCAGGAAACACUCUUGGAGAAAUUGCCGGGGAGAAGGCUGGUAUUUUCAAGCUUGGAGUUCCAGCUUUUACUGUGCCCCAACCGGAUGAAGCAAUGUGUGUGCUUGAAGAGAAGGCUUCCCAGUUGGAUGUACAUCUUCAAGUAGCAGCCCCGUUAGACAUCAACUUGCUGAAUGGUCUACAUCUUGGGCUUGACAGUGAGCACCAAUAUAUAAAUGCUGGUCUUGCUGUUGCAUUAAGCUCUACUUGGCUUCAAAGGACUGGCCAUCUUGAAGUCAAUUACCUGCUGCAACAGACUACCUCUCUGCCUGAGCAAUUCAUUAAAGGGUUAACAACUGCUGCUUUGCAAGGACGGGCUCAAGUUGUCCCUGAUCAGCUGAUGGGGAUUGAAAGCCCCGGAAAUCUCGUGUUCUACUUGGAUGGAGCCCAUAGUCCUGAAAGCAUGGAAGUAUGUGCAAAAUGGUUCUCUCUUGCAAUCAAAGAUUACCAUGAGCCAAUUUCCUUCAGUAAUUUGGUAGAUGAUUAUAAAAGAGCUUCACUUGAAUCAGUACGGAUGGACCACCAUGAGACUUCCAAGAAGAAUCUCACACAGAUUUUGUUGUUCAAUUGUAUGUCAGUGAGAGACCCUCAGUUGCUUCUUCCACGCCUGAUGAAUGCUUGUGCUAGUCAUGGAGUCCAACUUAAGAAGGCGCUGUUCGUACCAAGCAUAUCAAUGUAAUACAAGGUGGGUUCCAGUGCCUUGCCACCAUCUGAAACUGAAGUGGAUCUUUCAUGGCAGCCGACUCUUCAAAGAUUAUGGGAGAAUCUCGUCCAUGGUGAAAAAGGUCCUUGUAACUGGUUCAUUACAUCUUGUGGGUGAUGUGUUGAGAUUAGUCAAGAAAUAAGGCGUGUGCUGCAUUUGGUUUGAGCUGCAGCAGAUUUUGGGGGUUCACGAUUACAAAGUUGAAAAUGGACUCGAAAUUCAGGCCUCUCUUAUGAUUCCAUCUUGAAGUGCUUCCAUUGCAUGCUGUAUUAGGAAGAGCUUUUGAACCCAAGGUUGCUGUCGCAGGGUUUUUUAGCCUCUUCAUUGUCAACUAUUUGUGCAUUAUGCUAAAAUUUAGAACUCAAGUUUAAAUUAUCGUUAGCCAAGUAGUGUUUGAUACGACGCUUUCUGUUUAUUAAUAUGCAAGGUGUUGAGCAUUUUUCAAUGGAG